AAGGGGGAGGACAGGAUUGCAAUCGACUUUACUUCUAAAGAAAAACUGAGAACCCUCUCAUUCUACUUCAUGAAAACUAAGCAGAGUCAGCUUCUGCCAAGUGACUAUUAAUUAGGCAAAACGGGCAACUUGCCAGUGACUUGAGCUGCGUCUUUUCAGAACAGCCAGUUCUUCUCUUCUCUGCAGCUGAUUGGCUCCCGAGCGUGGCCAGAAGCCUGUGUCUUGCAGUUAAGGACACAGGGCUCUCUAAGUGUGGGUCUGUUUUUUCCUCUCUUCUGAGCGAUGGCGCUUACCAUCUUCAUUCUCCGGCUGGCCGUCUACAUCCUGGGAUUUCCCGUGUUCUUGAUGAACUUUCUGGGCUUGUGGAGCUGGAUAUGCAAAAAAUGGUUUCCCUAUUUCUUGGCGAGUUUCACUGUGACAUACAACAAACAAAUGGCAAGCAAGAAGAGGGAGCUCUUCGGCAACCUGCAGGAGUUUGUGGGCCCCUCUGGGAAGCUGUCCCUGCUGGAGGUGGGCUGUGGCACUGGGGCCAACUUCAAGUUCUACCCGUCUGGGUGCAGAGUGACCUGUGUUGACCCCAAUCCCAACUUUGAGAAGUUUUUGAUCAAGAGCAUUGCUGAGAACCGACAUCUGCAAUUUGAGCGUUUUGUGGUGGCUUCUGGGGAGAACAUGCACCAGGUGGCCGAUGGCUCUAUGGACGUGGUGGUCUGUACCCUGGUCUUGUGCUCAGUGCAAAAUCAGGGACAGAUUCUCCGAGAAGUGUGCAGAGUGCUCAAGCCGGGAGGGGCUUUUUAUUUCAUGGAGCACGUGGCAGCUGAGCCAUCCACCUGGAAUUCCUUCUGGCAACAGGUCCUGGAUCCUCUCUGGUACCUUCUGUUUGAUGGGUGCAACCUGACCAGAGAGAGCUGGAAGUCGCUGGAGCGGGCCAGCUUCUCUAAGCUGAAGCUCCAGCACAUUCAGGCCCCGCUGUCCUGGAAGUUAGUGCGCCCUCAUAUCUAUGGGUACGCGGUGAAAUAGUGUCGGUGAGCAGGAGAGUGCCAAGGGGCUCAAAGAACAGGGGAUUCAGUUGUCCAGGGACCAGACUAACUGGGAGAAGGAGAUUCCUGGUUUUUAGAUAAAUUUGAAUUUCAUUCUGAAAAGCUUCUCUUAUGUUCUAUUUAGUCAUUUUCUCUCGUCUCCUAAAGAAUUAAAAACAAAACAAAAUGACAGCUUUGAACUCCGCCUGCAAAGAAACAGUGGGCUUUCAUAAUUGAAGCCCACAAUUAUACCCAAAUCUUACUUUAUUCAUUGACUUCAACAGCUUUCCAAUUUUCUUUAGGCUUUUCCAAUUAUAAUCCAACAGAUUAUAAUUUCACCUCCUCUUUGAGAGUUUGACACUAAAAAGCAGUUAAAUCACUCAGAAGAACAUGAAAAGGGGGCAGUGCAAAGAUCUUAAUAAUUCAUGGACUGAAUUGAAAAUCCAAGUUCAGGUUGUGCCUGUCUCAGUGAGUAGGGCGCCGGCCCCAGAUAACUGAGGGUGGUGGGUUCGAACCUGGCCUCAGCCAAACUGCAGCAAAAAAACAGCCAGGCCUUGUGGCGGGCGCCUGUAGUCCCAGCUACUCGGGAGGCUGAGGCAAGAGAAUCACCUAAGCCCAAAAGCUGGAGGUUGCUGUGAGCUGUGACGUCAUAGCACUCUACCAAGGGCGACAAAGUGAGAUUCUGUCUCUAAAAAAGAAAAAGAAAAAAAAGAAAUAAAAUCCAAGUUCAAGCAGCACAAAUUUUCUUUUUUUUUUAAACACAGAUUUUCUGAAAAACAAAUCUGAACCUGUUUGUUAUUCUUAGUGUCUCUGGUCUGGCUUUCAGAAUUAAUGUACCAGGACACCACACCCAGGUCUUAACAGCUUUAUGUCCACCAAAGCUCGUUUUCCUGCAUUCCAGCCCUCAGUUCUGAAGAUAAAGAUUAUAUUUCAUGGUUGAGUAUACCAGUAAAACAAUUUAAGGCAGUUAGAGCUCUUGGAUUCAUUUUCUUUAUUAUCUAGCACUGACUUUGCUGAGUAUAGUAGAUUGUAAGUGAGGAAAAAGUUCCAUUGUGAUCAGGAAAACUUUGUAUUAUUUGGUGUACUAUGUAAGCACCUCUAAGGAUCAAGCAAUCUGUGAGUCUGUAAAGGAGACAUGUCUCUGGGCAGCGCCUGUGGUUCAGUGAGUAGUGCUCUGGCCCCAUAUACUGAGGGUGGCAGGUUCAAACCCAGCCCCAGCCAAAUUGCAACAACAACAAAAUAGCUGGGCGUUGUGGGGGGCACCUGUAGUCCCAGCUACUGGGGAGGCUGAGGCAAGAGAAUCACCUAAGCCCAAGACCUGGAGGUUGCUGUGAACUGUGACACAACGGCACUCUACCAAGGGCAACAAAGUGAGACUCUGUCUCUAGAAAGAAAAAAAGGAGACAUGUCUCUUCUGGAUUAUUCUGAUCAAAGUUCACUCCUGUUCCAAGAUGAUUUCUUUGUUCUUUGCAAUAUGGAAACUGAAAAUCAUCACCAGUGCCUUUGGAAAACAAGUGUUAGGGUGGUCUGUCAGUGGGUUAAAGAGUAGGAUUUUCAGCGAUAGUGUAUAAAUGUCUAUUCUCUGAGAUGAUUUUGAAAAGGUACUAUUUUAUAUAUCAAAUGAACCAGUACAUUCACAUCCAUGUUGGGAAUGGAAUAAAAUGAACGGUUUGCACUUUGCCGGCUUGGUUUCCUUUAUUGCAGUGUUUCUAGGAGGCCUUUCCUUCAUUCUGGAAAAUUUAUUAAUAGCUAUUUGAACAUACAGCUUUUUCUUUCCUUAUACUG